UAUAAAAACAAGCUAGAUAGGCAUGAAAACAACCUCUCUUUCUUCCUCAUCUCAUUAUAGAUAGCUUGUUUAAUUUGUGCGUAAAAUGAUGGAGUUGAAAGGAAGAGGUCUUAGGCCAUACGUAAGAUCAAACGCGCCACGGCUUCGUUGGACAGGUGACCUUCAUCACUGCUUUGUUCGUGCUGUUGAAAGACUUGGUGGUGAAGAGAGGGCUACUCCGAAGAUGAUUCUACAAAUAAUGGGGGUGAAAGGCAUAACUCUGUCUCAUGUGAAGAGCCAUCUUCAGAUGUAUAGGAGCAUGAAGCAAGAACAAGUUCUAAGAGAUAUAAUUAAUGGCACGAAGAUGAGUACAAAUGUGCAGGAAACUAAGAUAGUACAUAACAAUUCAUAUGUCCAUGAUAAUUAUAUUCCAAUUACUUGUAAUUCCAUGGUAGCAUCUCCUCAAGAUGUAACUACCAAUUUCAAGCAAGAUGGCAUGGUGCAACAAUCACAUCAUCCCUAUAUCGUCUUCCACAAUCUCCUCAGACGAAGUCGCCCUAAUCUCGCGGAGGGGUACGAGAUGAAUGAAGAGGUGUCGGGGUAUAGUACAUCAAUAACAAUAACAUCAUCAUUAUCUGAUGAUCAACACUUAAAUGCUUCACUUAAUUUAGAGUUAAGCUCAUCAUGUAGUAGAAUUAUGGCAGCUGGUAUUCAAGAAGAUGUCUCCCUAGACCUUUCUCUUUAAUUUCUUAGCUAAUUUCUAAUUUUUUAAAGUCAUGUUUUUUAACUAGGAAAUAUAUAUUAGAACAUGAUAUGAUGUAAUGUAAUAUAUAUUAGUACCAUAAUUAUUAAA